CGCGACUCGGGCCGCGCGGGGACCCGUGUGACGGCGGGGCGCGUCCCUCCAGCGGAUCGUUGUAAAGAGGUGCAGCAGAUCCGAGAGCAGCAUCCAAAUAAAAUCCCGGUCAUCAUUGAGAGAUACAAGGGGGAGAAGCAGCUGCCUGUCCUGGAUAAGACCAAAUUCCUUGUCCCCGACCAUGUCAAUAUGAGCGAAUUGGUAAAAAUUAUCCGGCGCCGCUUGCAGCUGAACCCAACCCAGGCGUUCUUCCUCUUGGUGAACCAGCACAGCAUGGUGAGCGUCUCCACCCCCAUCUCAGAGAUCUAUGAGCAGGAGAAGGAUGAGGAUGGCUUCCUCUACAUGGUCUAUGCUUCGCAGGAGACUUUUGGCUACUGAGACCCAGAGAGAGACAGCACUUGGGGAUAAACCAAGACUGUUGCACACAGGCCCUUCCCUAGGACAAUGCAGCCAGAGGCUCAUGGCACAGGAGCCAUGCAGAUCCCCCAUCCCACCUGCACCUGGAACGCAACUGAUGAAGCUAGUUCAGUGCAUUUGACUUGAGAGCCCCCGCCCUUUGUGUAGAUUAGUCCCCAUUCCCCACAUGCUGCACCAGCCACGCGUCUCCCCAUCCCACUCCCCAUUGUGAACUGCAGCUGCUCUUAGUGUGCUCUGUAAGUUUGUGCGUGUGUGUGUGUGUGUGUGUGUGUGUGUGCAUUUUCUUAGCCUAAUGCCAAAAUGGUUGGGCUGGUGGCAGGGAGAGGGUGCUGCCUCCUUGGCCUUCAGCACAGGGAGGGGGUCGUCCUCCGAGACUAAUAAAGGGCAGGCAGUCUGCAAAAACAAACAAUAUCAUUGCUCUUUGAGUUCUAAUGUUAAUUACACGCAUAUCAAAUUCUUGGUGCUACCGAGUAGAUGUAGGCAUCUCUAUAGGACUGUGGAUAAUGUAUAUCCUUUAGAUUUAUUUUAUUAAUUUGUUUUGGAACUGGGAGAGGGGGUAAUUUUGCCUGUAUCAUGUAGAUAAAUAAACUGAGCUUCUUUGCACUUUAAAGCGUAGUAGAUGCAAGAGUGGAGUUACCCUAAUUUAUAUAGAUCUGACAUAUACGGCACUGCUUCUCUGUCAACAUUUGUACCUUGGUUUCUUGUGUUCUCUCUUUUUUUAAAUAAACCCAAUCCUUCCCCCUC